AUGGUGGUUAGGAAAGUAUGGUUAGUGCCUGUUAUGGCUGUAGUAACAUCAACAUUAGCUUUUUUAUCAAGUUUAAUCGUUGGUAACAUGGACGGCCACUUGAAAACAUGGAUUACUAGUGUUAGCACGGCUGGAUCACAUAGUCCUGAGAGUUGUCUGUUCUCCCAGUUUUUGAAUAUUUCGGCGUUCUUUCUAAUUUUAACGUUUUAUGUUCGCCACAGACAAACCGUUGAAUACUAUGCACAUCGUCUUCAAUGGGAAGGAAAUGCAUGGCGAAUCUGCUCACUGAUAUUCAUGUGGGUUGGCAUCAUAAGUGCAGUAUCUCUUACGGUCGUUGCGAAUUUUCCGAAAACAGAAGCAAUAUUAAUACAUGACACAGCGGCUGCUUUCACUUUUCUCACACAAAUUGUCUAUAGUUGGGGCCAAGUUGUCAUAGGAUUCGCAAUGAUUCCUCACAUGGCAUCAACGUUCGUCAACUUUCUAAGGUUGUUCUUGGCAAUAUUAGCAACAUUUUUUGUGGUGUUACAUGAGGCUGCUCUAGUAUUGAAUCCAUCAAAAAACAAUGGUACCAACUUAUUCGAAGUGCAUGAGACAAUCUACUCGGAUAAUCAGGCUUCAUUCAAUCAGACGGUUUUCAUAAGUACCGAAUGGCUGAUGAUUUUGGCGAUGCAGCUUUUUUUACUAACAUUUACUGCUGAGCUGAGAUUCGCUUACGCUCAUGUUCCUCGAGUUGUUUUCUGCAGAUCUGCAAUGGAAAUUGGAUAUCCUGCCGAACCUCGACAUGUUAAAAUUGUUCACAUACCUUCUUCUAACAUGGCCUUUGUUGAAGACGGCAGUACAUGA